AUGGAAUUGAAGGUUCGUGUGUUUUACGUGGCUUUGUGGACCACAUUCGUGCUUCUGUUCGUCCGAGUCGAAUUCAGAUACCAUUUAAACGAUGUCAUCGAUUUAUCUGCGCCGGCUUGUGCGUGCAUGAGCUGCGUAAUGGACUCUCAGGAGGAUCCGUGGUUCAGAGAACGCUACGACGGCCGGGUGCCAAAACUUAUGAACAGGGCCAACAGCAAUAUCAGCGAGCUAACAUAUAACUGGUGGAAGAAGCUGCAAGCGUUCAGAUCAGGGAACCUUGGUGAUGUGGUAGAACCUCUGUUCUCACUGUUCCCUGAUGAGGAACAUUACAUGGACUCCAGUCCUGACCGCUGUCGAACCUGUGCUGUGGUCGGCAACUCGGCCAACCUGCUCAGAUCCCAUUAUGGUGCUAUAAUAGAUGCUCAUAACUUUGUCUUCAGGAUGAACAACGCUAAUACUGAAGGCUAUGAGUCAGACGUCGGAGCAAAGACCACGCACAGAGCGAUGUAUCCCGAGAGCGCUGUAGACCUGGACAACUCCACCCAUCUAGUGCUGCUGCCUUUUAAAGUGCUGGAUCUACAGUGGCUCAUUAGUGCUUUCACCAAUAAGAACAUCACAAGAACAUAUAGGAAAGUGAAGGCUACAAUAAAAGCAAACAGAGACAAGGUGAUGAUCGUCAACCCCGAGUUUAUUAGAUACGUCUAUGAAAGAUGGUUGAAGAAACAAGGGAAAUAUCCAUCUACUGGCUUUAUCAUGCUCAUGUUGGCUCUGCACAUCUGUGACCAGGUGAAUGUAUUCGGAUUCGGGGCGGGGCCAAAUGGACGAUGGUACCAUUACUUUGACCACUGGCAUCAUCCGCUCGCUAACUCAGGUGUACACAAAGGGGGAGUUGAAUAUGACGCCAUCCUGAAACUCGAGCAGCAUCAGAUGAUCAAAAUGUUUAAAGGAUGGUGAACUUUUGCAUUGAGUACCAGGGCCUGUAUUCAUAAAGAGUCUAAUAAUGUCUAAACAAUC